GGACAAGGGUGGACGUAGGAGGGACGCGGGGGCGGCGGGGGGCCGGGGGGGCUCUGUUUUUAUGAAUGAGCUGCUCCAGCCCCGAUGCGAUUACUAUGCGGCGCGCCUCACAGGGCGCUGAUUGGCUCCGGCGCGUCAUUGACGUCACAGAAGGAGAAUGGGGAGGGGGGGGGGCGGUGAGUCAACCCUCUCCCCCUCCCCAUCACCCCCAAUUCGCCCCCCCCCGGCGGGGCUCGGUCACUAUAAAUCGGCAGCGCCCAUGGCAGCGGCGCCCGGCGCCGGGCUGAGCAUCCCGGCAGCAUGAUGGGGGAAAAGCCCCCCAACUCCAGCGACAGCCAUCAAAGCUGGUCGGCAGCCAGGAACAGCAGCAGCAGCUCCUUGGACUUGGAGUCGGUGGUGCAGCCCCUUGCCUUGAACCCAUGGGAUGUCGUCCUCUGCAUCUCCGGGACCAUCAUCUCCUGCGAGAACGCCGUUGUGGUGGUGGUGAUCUUCUACAGCCUGGCUUUCCGGGCUCCCAUGUUCCUCCUCAUUGGCAGCUUGGCCACAGCAGACCUUCUGGCUGGGUUGGGCUUGAUCCUGCACUUUGCCUUUGUCUACUUCAUCCCAUCGGAGGUGAUCAGCCUGCUCACCAUGGGGCUCCUGGUCACCUCCUUCAUUGCCAGCGUCAGCAGCUUGCUGGCCAUCACCAUCGACCGCUACCUGUCCCUCUACAAUGCCCUGACCUACUACUCAGAGAGGACAGUGACCAGGACUUACCUCAUGUUGAUCCUCACCUGGGGAGCCUCCAUUUGCUACGGGCUCCUGCCCAUCAUGGGCUGGAACUGCCUGAAGGAGCCCUCUGCCUGCAGCAUCGUCAAGCCCUUGACGAAGAACCACCUCAUCAUCCUCUCAGUCUCCUUCUUCAUGGUGUUUGCGGUGAUGCUGCAGCUCUACAUGCAGAUCUGUAGGCUCAUCCGCCACCAUGCCCACCAGAUUGCCCUCCAGAGACACUUCCUGGCCACUUCCCACUAUGUCACCACCCGGAAGGGCAUCGCCACCUUGGCCAUCAUCCUGGGCACUUUUGCCUCGUGCUGGCUGCCCUUUGCCAUCUACUGCCUGCUGGGGGAUCACAGCUACCCGGCCCUCUACACCUACGCCACCCUCCUCCCCGCCACCUACAACUCCAUGAUCAACCCCAUCAUCUACGCCUUCAGGAACCAGGAGAUCCAGAGAGUGCUGUGGGCCGUGUGCUGCGGGUGCUUGUCCUCCACCCUGCCCUUCCGCUCCUGCUCCCCCAGUGACGUCUGACGCAGCCCGGCCCCGUCAGCCCCCUUCUCAUCCCCUUGGAAUCAGGCAGCUCUUCCCAUCCCCGUCCUUUUGGGCUUCUCCUCUUCUAUUUCCCCACUUUUGGAGUUG